CAGCACGGUACGGUGUCCCGAAUGCACGUCGAUUUUCCGCCGCGUGUCGCCGCGUUGUGCCACGUGAUUCCGCGCCAGCGAUCGCCACGCAGCAAGCCACGCGAACGCGUUCGUUCACCGGUUCCAUCCGUGAACCAUCGGUACCGUUCCGCCGACUCCGAAAUACCCAUCCGGUCGAUCGACAGUCGAUGCGAGACGCCGAGGUAGAGCGAUUCGUUCGCGUUCGUCCGCGUUUCGAACGAGUCUCGCGUAUAUUGGAGCAUUCUCCAGACUAUUUUAUUGCAAAACCCACGAGUAUAGAUUGUUGGGAGAGUGUGUGAAAGGAUUAAAAAAAUCGUGGAUCCAAAGACCGAGCAGAGAAUACGGAAUUCAGCAAUGCUCGCGAAUGAAGGAUGAACGGGAGUGGCUGAGAUUCCAACGAAGCGUAAAGAUUAACGAGCUUGCGCCAUGAAUUAAGAACGAUUCGGAAAAUGGACGUCGCCAAGGGCACAACGGAGGACUUUGUGACGGUGGUCAGCGUCGGCAAUCAGCUGACGUCGGAGAAUUUCGUGACAGUUCUGUCGAUCGGAAACGGAAAGAAGAGCGAUGUCGAAGAAUCAUCGGGGUUGAGCACGAACGGAACGGCGAACGGGAUGGACGGACACCUCGAGGAAGAGGUCGAGGUUUUCAGACUGCCCGGAGAACGUCUGGGUUUCGGACUCAAAUUCGAGGGCGGAAAUAAGACGUCCGAGAGGGUGAGAAGACUCUUCGUGCAGAGCUGCGCGGAGCAAAGUCCUGCGAGUAGAGCCAAGUGUUCGUGGGGCACUUUAGGCGAAGGAGACGAGGUACUUUCAAUCGAUGGCAUACCGGUGACACACAUGACCCGAUUGGAUUGCGUGAGGAGGCUGAAGGAGUCGCAGUUGGUCAUCAGGCUAAUGGUGAGAUGCCGCGGCGCUCUUAGGCCCGAAGUGGUGAGCGCCGAGAGAAAAAUCGAACGAAACAAAGUACCGCCGGAAUUACCCGCGGCUCCUCCUCCGGUACCGCCGCGGAAGCUGAGGCAGCCUCGAGGACCCGCAGACGGCGAAGCGAAUCCUAGUCCUGUCAAAAAAUUAUGGGACCCGAAAUCGCAGAACGGAUCGCCGACCGUUUCGCAGACCGGAAGUACGAAAAUGAGCUUGUACGAGAGUUGCGAAUCCUCGCCGAGAAGCGUCAACGGAUCGUUGCAUCAAGAGACCGCGAAGGAAUCAGCGAAGUCGAAGCAGGAACCGCCGGAAGCGAUGGUUUAUCUGGACGCGCGAUCGCAGUGCGGCUCCACGCACGGCAGCACGUCCGACGACACCGGCAGCUCCAUGUCUACCGUGAUGGAUAGAUUCUCGACGAUGUCCGAUCGCGUGUCGACCAUCUCUACGGCGUCCACGGCGUCUACCACCGGCUCCGAUCGAGACCUCGAUCGAUCCUCGUCCGACCGGGACGUGCUGCUAUCGCGAGCGAUCUGCCCGCUCGAGAUGCUCGAGCGGGAGUUCUCGAACCCGCCCGAUUACCUGUUACGUCGUCUCGCCAGUUCCGAAGCGGUGACGCACGUGGAGUCGCGAGGCGAAGUCGAGCGUAUCACGGCGGUGGUCGCGCCGAACACGGUGCUGAUCGAGGAAACCAUCACUCUUCAACCGCCGCUCAGUUUCCAGGACGCUCCGUUGAGCUACGGACACGAGGCUAGACCGGACCUCUUCUACACGGCCGACCUGGCCGCCGAUUCGACGACGCAUUUCCGGCCAAUUAAGGAUGACGUGGAACUCGUGGAGCGCGUCAACGGUAGCGUUCACGAGGAAAGGAGUAACGGCGUCAGAUCGUCUUCGCCGCCGCCGUUGCCGGCUAGAAAUCAUGUUAACAGGAUCUGCGUGAAUCAGACGAAUGAAUCUAGAAAGGACGCGCGAAUCUCACCUUCGGAAGCUCCUCUGUUACCACCGAAGCCGCUGCCGAGGAAAGACGUCAAGGCUAGACGGAAGAGACCACCUCCGCCGCCUCCACCGCCGAUUAUUGCUCCACGAAGAGAGAUCAAAUCUUCACCAUCGAUCCAAUCGAAUCAUCUAACGGAGAAGGAAGACGUUUCGCAAGCCGAAAGCGUAGAGUGUGUUCAAUCAGGAUCAUGCGAAUCAUCAUUGAGUAGAAGCAACGUUUUCCACCAACUUUCGACUCGAGAAAUCGAAAAUUCAGAUGGAAAAAACGAUAGGGAAACUAAUACGAAGUUCGCUUGUCUUGACGAUGAGGAAGACAAAGUUGCAAGUUCGAGGGAAGACACACAAACGAACAAAAUAUUGGAAAUUAUCGAAAUCAGGAUGGCCAAAGGUAUGCAGCUUAAUCAGAAGGAGGAGAUCGCAAGGAAUGACACAAACAAUACUUUGGAAACGACGAAUUGCGAGCAGAAUGGAAUUAAGGAUAAAGUAACAGGUGGAAAUAUAGAUUCAGAUCAAUCGCAAUCUACGAAUACUUUGAGUCAAAUUUCGAUGGAACAAGAUUCGAAUUUAGAACUGAUCGAUGAACGCGUCGACGAGUCAGAUAGCGAAAAGGGGAAGCAUCUUAAUUCAGAAGAUCUUUAUCGAGAAGGAACACGGACAAGUGACGGAGAUACUUUCGAGGAAACACUUUCGUUACACACGGAAAAUACUUUAUCGAUCGAUAAUUCUACGCUGAGAGAUAGCGAGGAUGACGAAACAUAUCGCUCGUUGGACGAGAUAAAUGACGAUAUAAAAACUCCAGAUGUAAAUCGCUUGUUGGAGGACGAGGAAAUUGUAGAAGAAGGCGACACAACCGACGAAAGCGACGACGGGGAUUAUUACUGGCAGAGCAAUCUCGCUACUAUCGGCGAAGAGGAGGAGACUUCCUUGGAGUAUGUAAACGCCAACGCGAACGAUUCCAGCAACCUGGUAGCAGAGCCGGAAAAAUCGUCUCCCGCAAUCAAGAAAGAUGCAUUCGUUAAUAACGCGCGAGAUGACGAAGCGGACCGUGUGAGCGAGAUCGUUGCAGAGUAUCCAGAGGAGGAGAGCGGCAAGAAAUCGAGCAAAAACACGGUAAAUGGUAAGAUGGAGAACUGCGGAGGCGGCCAACGCCUGCCCCCGGACGGGGACGAAUUUCCAGCAGCAUAUCAAGAAUUUAGCAACAGUCAGCCACCGUACAGAUACAUCGCCGCGACAAGGACGACGGCGACGAUAGCCACAAAUGGAGGAUUGUGCAACGAGAAUGAGACGUUUCGUGCCGGCGAGGCAUUUAAGAUGCUCGCGAACGACAGCAAUGUUGUCGGUUCGAGGAGCAUUAUUCUGCCUGAUAACAAGAUGACGUUGACGAAUCCGGAAAACGUGACGCAAGACAUAAGCAAAGCUGCUUCGACGACAGAGCAUAUCCGACAGGAUAUAGAAACCAAGACUACUUCGACUAAUGAUAACAAUGCCUGUCAGGAUAAAACGAAGGAUUGCGAGGUUUCUAAUGAAGAGACAAAAGCAUUCUUUCACACUUCGGAAGAUACCGCGAAGAGAAACGCUUCUGUCGUCGCGGGAAGCUCUCUUUAUUCUUGCCAAACGACCAACUCAACGAUUAGCGAGAAGAAGACGGAGAUCGCCGGAUAUUAUCACAAGGACGCGAUGACGAUCGAGGAGAUGCCAAGCCACGUGGAAAAGGACACGCCCGUCGAUACCCCUCCGCCUCUACCGUUGACAGGUCCACCUAAGAUGGAGCAAAUGGCAUUGCAUGCCAAAAACGUUUCUACGAUGGAGUCGCCGCAUAGAAAGUUUUCUCUGAACGGCGAUCUCUGGAGGCAGGAUGACAAGUCCGAGCGAUCCGUCCGAGACAAAAUCGCCAUGUUUUCGUCGCAAAGCAACCUCGACGCGCCCUUGUUCCCCAAUGUCAUGUCAGCCGCGGUAAUCACGAGUAACGGCAAACGUUUAUCCAAGUACAAGUCCUCUGAAGAUGUUUGUUGCGACGACAAGAGCAACGGACAGAAGGAUCGGUCGACUUUCCUCGUUGACAGAACACAGAGCUCUUUCGAUCUCACCGAUUCGGCCAGAGCAUCGUCAUCAGGGCAAGAUUCCACGAAGAAAUAUGGUCAGAGAACUAGUUUGCCUGCUCAGCCUACUCUAUUAAGUCCUGCUACGCAAACUACGCGCGUUCCAAAGACGCUGCCAAUCGUUCCGCCGAAAGUUACAUCACUGUCCAGUACGUUAUCGCCUUCGUACGAUAAGCAGAUUUUUUCAAAUACAACGACGAAGAACUAUUGUGCCGAAAGUAGCGAUUUGUCGAACGCCGCGUACCCAAGUGUCAGUAAAACUGUCGGUUCUUAUAACAAUGCUAACAAUUCGAUGAAGACGAGCACGCCUUUAUUGACGCGAGCUACCAGUUUCUCAGGCUCGACCUUCUUUGUGCAAGAUCGAAAUUCUCUUACAGCCGAUUCGACUGGUAAUUCGCAAAUUUCGAGAACAACUUCCCUGGCAUCUACGUUUAGACGACCCGGAGAAGACGUGAGAAGAAACAGCUUGAAUCAGCUGAUCGAACAGAGGCGGAAAUCGAUAUCGAAACUACGCGGUCUGGUUAUACCAGAGAAAGACACCGUGUCGAUAGAUCAACCUAUCGUCGAUCUACCGGAAAUUAAAUCACGCGAUUCGAUAUUACAUCAGAUACCAAAGGCAAACAUUCAAGACAAGUGGGGAUCUCAAAGUUCCUUGACCAGCAACGCCAGCACGACGAGUCAGCCCUUGAAAGCGACAGCAUCCUUUAAAAUGCCGGCGCCACAGAUACACUCUAAGUAUUCCCCGGCUUUCAAGAGAAAAUCUCUCACGGUAUACGGUACAUCUGUGACGAAUUCUUCCGCGAUAAACGGCAAUAGUCCAAUCAAAAGUUCCCCGUCAAACGCGUCCACGUUUUCGGAGCCACCGAAAAGUCUGGAGAGCAUCUGCAGCCCGACGAGAAGUGAUUAUAGUUUCGAAUUCGCUUCGACAACCAGCUCACCGGAUGGUUCGCGUAACAGGCCAAGGACGGUUCAGAGGAAGGCUCGCUUGGACUACGACGAUUCCGACAACGAUUCGGCCGUGAGCAGCUCUCAAAGUAGUAUAUCUCGGGGCUUUAGUCCGCCGAUGUCUCCGGCACCAUCGGAGAGAUCCACUAUCUCCUCGGAGAGAUCUUACAUCUCCACAGAACUGAAUUAUCAACGUCGACUUUUGAUCGCGGAGAAUUUGAACAGAACUUCGGUGUCGCGAGAUAUCAGAGAUUCAAUCGGUGAAUCGGAUAAAGACCAAUUCGGCUCCAGAAUAGGUCUUCUCGGGGAACGAACGUGUCUGAACGAGAGAUCGUCAUCCAGUAGCAGCAGCUCGAAUCCGCGAUCGCCUCAACCGAACGAACUUUUUUCGAGAAACUCGCAAAUUCCACAACGACAGCUGAGACGAUCGAACAGCACCGACACGAACUGUAGCACAUCCUCGACGCUGACAUCCGGAUCUCAGGCCAGCGCUGAGUCCCUAUCUCGAAGAGUGCUGAAACCGCAAAGCGUGGAGGCUAUAAAUCGGAAGAAUAUUUUAGCGAGCGCCAGAUGUCGGAGUGGAAGGGAUCUGAACGGGUCACCGUUAAUCCAGCGAAAAUUCUCGGAUGACGAGGACAUGGCGAGGACUAUCGAAAACGGCAAUGUUCGUCAAGUAACUAAUGAUUCGGGAAAUGAGUCCGCGAACAAACGAGAAGUCAAUAUAGCUUAUAUAGAGGUCGCGGAUCCUUUCGCAAAGGAUGAGGAAUCUUUUCAGAAGGGAGAAGAAUUGAAGCUGCCACCUAAAAGAAGCAUGCUACCGCCGCCAGCUGUUAGACCGCCGAAGCCCGAAAUGCUAGAACCGUCAAACGAUCUUAAAAUGUGGGUUCGAGCAGAGGCGAAGACUCUAGCGCGAGCCAUGGAAGAAAAAUCAAACAACAAAUACGACAAAUGUCCCUCUGUUGUAGCUCAAACUUUGGAAACGUCGUCUAUAACUCACACGGCAAGAAAGAAUUCACACGACUCCAUGCUUGACGAACCUACUAAUUCAGUAUUGAAUGGUAGUUUGCCUUUAAAAAGUAGAAUCACAAUAAGCGAAGCAAAAGUCGCUACAAUGGAAACUUCAAAAUCACAAAACAGAGCGAGUAUAAGUCCCAGAAGGAACACGGAAGAUCAAAACGAUCUCUUAACAAUCUUAACGACAAAGAGCCGCUCUAGAUCAGCUAUACAUGUCGACGAAGGAACUUUUGGUAGAUCAAAAAGUCAGAUGAGUCUAGAGGAUAUAUUGGCUGCUAAAGCAGAUUCAAAGUUACUCCGCGCGCAAAAUACGGAACCGAAAAUCGAAAAGAAUGGCGUAAUAACAAGCUCGCCGAUAAAAUCUACUUGGGAUUCGAAGGAAGGUCGAUACUGUAGAAGAGGUUCUACUACAUCGAACGAAUCCUGGUCGGAAGAUAGACCUUUCGUUUCGAAGAUACCUACUUUGGGAAAAGUUAGGAACAUCGAUAGCGGCGACGAAAUGUUGGAAAGUGUCGAGAGAACAAGAAGCGCAACAUUGUCGAAGAUUCCGACGUCCCGCGGUCUGAAUCGACGCAGCGCCAGCGUUACAGAUAUGAAAGCUGUAGACGCGAGUCCUGUAAACACCCAGUUGCAACAGUGCACCGGCGGCACUCAUAAUCGAUUUCCAAGCUUAGAUAGCAGUGUGGACGAAAACAUCGGAACGGAAACGGAUGUCGAUAGAUGCUACGGCGAACAAUUUGGCAGUAUCAGCUCGCUAUCCAGCAGUACCAGCUUGAUUUCGCAACAGGAAUUGGCGCAGCUUGUAGAAGAAGCAAGUUUAGAGGAAACGCGCGGUGCCCAUGACGUCAUAGUCGUCCUACUUCACAAGGAAAAUCCUACCGGUAGCGUCGGCAUCACUUUGGCUGGCGGCGCGGAUUGCGAGGUGAAGGAGAUCACGGUUCACCGAGUGCUGACGCAUUCCAUUGCGGACAAGGACGGCCGGGUGCAAAGAAGCGACAGGAUCCUCAGUAUAAACGGUAGAAGUACGCGAAAUCUCACACACAGAGAGAGCAUGGCGGUGUUAAAGCAACCGAGAUCGGAAGUCGUGUUAGUUGUGUCGAGAGCUAGGAUGGAAGAGGACUGCAAACUGAGGUCGCGGACUGCGAGUGUCGAAACCAUCGUCGAAGGAUUAGAGACGAAUGUGGAGGACACAGUGUGGGGGCCACCGUCGACUGUGGCAGUCUACAAAGAUGGAACUAGUUUGGGAUUCAGUUUGGAAGGCGGCAGGGGCAGUCCUCUCGGGGACAGACCUCUGAUUAUCAAGAAGAUAUUCACCGGAGGUGCUGCCGAGAAGACAGGUGCUUUAAAAGCUGGGGAUCAAUUGCUCGAAGUAAACGGUAACGAUGUAACGCGAAUGUCGAGAAUAGAAGCAUGGUCUUUGAUGAAGAAGCUACAUGAUGGUGAAGUAAAUCUCCUAGUCAGGCAUCCUGCCACCAAAUCCUCGUGAAGAGUAAGGAAUUCCGACGCAAACGGGAAUGCAGAAAUGUGCCAAGCAAGCGACUGGAUAAAUUUUCGAUUGAUACUUGUUAAAUAAUGCGGGGCAUGACAGACUUAAAAAGCGUAAAAAAAUUAUUAUUCGAGACAUUCUACAUCCGUAUUAUCGCGAGAAAUUAUUCUAUCGAGUUUGCAAAUUUGAAUAAUAUUAAAAAAAGAGAUUAAUUAUUAUCAUCGAUCUUUAAAGAAAAGUUGCUCAUGAUAUUUCUGAGUCAUUUAAACUAUUAAAAGUCUAUAUUCGCUAUUCUAAUACAGUUCCAUAAUUAUAUAUCAUAAAAUAAUAGACGAAUUAUUAAUUAAAAAAAAAAAGAAAAUCGCAAACAGGAUUUGCUUAUUUAUUUGUGUUUUGAUCGA